GCGGGGCGGCGGGGCGGCGGGGGGCGGGCGCCGAGUCACGGGGUGGGGUCACUGCGGCCCGCGGGCUGGAGGGCGGGGGGGCGGCGGGACCAGCCCCGCAGGGCAGCGGCGGCGACGCCCGGGCUUUCCGGGCCGGGCUGAGGCGGCCGCGGGCCCGUCUUCCGGCGGCCGCCCGAGUCUGAGGUGAUUGUUGCCACCGCCCGGGCCGCCAUCUCCUCCUCCUCCUCCUCCUGCCUGGCCGCCGCCGCCGCCUCUUCCUCCUCCUCCUCCUCCUCCGCCUCCCGGGGCCGGCCGGUCCCCUCCCCGCGGCCGCCUCCUCCUGGGCUGGGCCCGCGGCGUCUCGUCCCCUCGCCGAGCCGCUCCCGCCGCCUCCUCAUUCAUCCCCGUGCACCAUAGGCGGCACAGGCGCCAAGAUGUCCAACCGAGUGGUGUGCCGGGAAGCCAGCCACGCCGGGAGCUGGUACACAGCCUCAGGACCGCAGCUGAAUGCACAGCUAGAAGGUUGGCUUUCACAAGUACAGUCUACAAAAAGACCUGCUAGAGCCAUUAUUGCACCCCACGCAGGAUACACGUACUGUGGGUCUUGUGCUGCUCAUGCUUACAAACAAGUGGACCCAUCUAUUACCCGCAGAAUUUUCAUCCUUGGGCCUUCUCAUCACGUGCCCCUCUCUCGAUGUGCACUUUCCAGCGUGGAUAUAUAUAGGACACCUCUGUAUGACCUGCGUAUUGACCAAAAGAUUUAUGGAGAACUUUGGAAGACGGGAAUGUUUGAGCGCAUGUCUCUGCAGACAGAUGAAGAUGAACACAGCAUUGAAAUGCACUUGCCUUAUACAGCUAAAGCCAUGGAAAGCCAUAAGGAUGAGUUUACCAUUAUUCCUGUACUGGUUGGAGCUCUGAGUGAGUCAAAAGAACAGGAAUUCGGAAAACUCUUCAGUAAAUAUCUAGCGGAUCCUAGUAAUCUCUUUGUGGUUUCUUCUGAUUUCUGCCAUUGGGGUCAAAGAUUCCGUUACAGUUACUAUGAUGAAUCCCAGGGGGAGAUAUAUAGAUCCAUUGAACAUCUAGAUAAAAUGUUUGUGGUAUCUUCUUCUCAUCAUUCGCCCAAGGGUAUGAGUAUUAUAGAACAACUAGACCCUGUAUCUUUUAGCAAUUACUUGAAGAAGUAUCAUAAUACUAUAUGUGGAAGACAUCCCAUUGGGGUAUUAUUAAAUGCUAUCACAGAGCUCCAGAAGAAUGGAAUGAAUAUGAGCUUUUCCUUUUUGAAUUAUGCCCAGUCAAGCCAGUGUAGAAACUGGCAAGACAGUUCAGUGAGUUACGCAGCGGGAGCACUCACAGUCCACUGAAGCUCUGAAUCCUCAGGGAUGCCACCUGCACAUAUACUCAUGCUCUGUCCGUGGUCCCAGCCCAGCCCCAACCAAGAUACUGGUCCUGGUGUGUGUGGGAUUCUGAAACCUCAAACUCAGAACUUCUUUUCUCUUCUUUUCUAGUAGGUGUAGUCCUUCCUUAAUUUUGACUCAUUUAAAUAAUGCUUUAUAGUUUAGGACAGUGGAAGGAAGGCUGGCAUCAAAAUGUUUUGAUCAAAAAAGAUGACUAUGUAACGGCCCACUUGUGGCAGACAGUUCUUUGACAGUAACUUGUAAAGCAUUUACCAUAUUCUAAAUUUGCACUCUUUGCAAACUUGUGCACAUAUAUUCUGCUUUCAGAUAGUUUUGCAAAUUGUACACAAACAAAAAGGGUGGAAGCUUUUUAAUAAACAAAUUGCAUUUAUAAAUGAUCUGUAUUAGAAUAUAAUAAAAUCUCCAGUUACAGUCAAUCACUACCCAUGUUGUACAACAGAUACCUUCUAUUUUAGUUGCUAAUAAAGGGCUACACAACUCAAAA